AUGGCAUUACUAGACUACGAUGGAUGGGAUCAUUUGGGGCAAAACUGCUGUUUGGAAUCUGUGAUUGACAUGGAAAAACCAAAGAUGGGCCAUGCUUUUAUUAUAGCGGGUCUAUUAGAAAAUAAUUUAUUUUGGUUAACAGAACCUGUUAAAUCGAACGUCGAAGAACUAAGAAAAUCCGGUCGAUUACUCAAAGAUAUUUAG